AUGUUACAAAUUCAGAGAGGAUUGAUUAUUAUUAGCAGUGUGUGUAUAAUUUACCUCGUCAUUAUAUGGUUAUCUAGCAUAAAAUUAAUAGUUCAUCAUUCUCCAUUAUAUAAAAUUAAUGAGAAUGAAUAUUUCAAAAAUUGCAUCAAAUCUAAACGUUCAUGGAUUAGAUGUACUAAAUAUUUGAAUCUGAUAAAUAAUCAAAAAAUUAUCUCUCUAGAUUCAUAUUCUCAACGUUGGCCACCAUCUUCUGUUACAUACUUAAUUGAUGAACGCUUACAUAGUUUCAAUCUUGCAUUACAUUUUUCACUUGCGCAUAAUGCAACAGAUUCUAAGGAUGAAGACCUUUACAAUAAAUUUGCAGAUAUGGUAUCUAACAGCUACAAACAAGAGGAAUUAUUAACUGGUAUGGAACCAGAAUACAUGGGAUCGAAUUCAACUGACUACUCUAUAUUUCCACAAAAUUUGAACUUUUCAAAGCUGAUCUAUGAUAUACAAAAUGCAAUUCCAAUUCACACGAAACCUAUCAAUAAUCCAGAAAUGUUUGCACUUCGGGUUCCUAAAUCUGUCUGCAGAUCAUACAACAAUGAGUUAAUUCCAAAUCUGAUAGUAAUAAUUAAAUCUUCAGUGUAUAACUUCGAAUACCGUGACCGUGCAAGACGAACAUUUAUGCAGAAAAAAUUAUGGCCGAAUUUCAGUGUUCAGUUUGUAUUUGUCCUAGGAAUCCCCAUGGAAAACGAAUCAAACUCCUUCAGAUUUGAUGGAAAUACAUAUGUCUUGGAUACGAAGUGGUGGAGAUUUUCUAAACAUUAUGGAAGUUCCAAGUGGCCGUUUGUAAAACAGUUGUCAUUAGAGGCUGAUUUAUAUGAUGAUUUGUUGAUUGGAUCAUUUCACGAUACAUAUUACAACUUAACAAAGAAGAUGAUAUUUUGUUUAAGAUGGCUCUCAGCAUUUUGUCCAAAACAAGUCCCUUUAUAUUUGUUUAUAGAUGAUGACUAUGAUUUAGUACCAAAGAAUGUAAUAACAUUUUAUGAUAAUAAUACUGAAGACUAUUUAAGAAAUAUGAAUGGAGGUUACAUCCGUUCAUCUCGAACCGUUUUCAGACCAAUGGUUGAUGAAACAAGUAGUGUCUGGGCAAUGACUGUAAAGGAAUUCCCAUGGAUAUCUUAUCCGCCGUACUAUCAUGGAUUGACUUAUGUUAUUGGUGCAAGCUUGGUGCAUCGUCUUGCUAUUGCAAGUGCUUUUGUUAGAGAAAUACGCAUUGACGAUGCCUAUCUAGGGAUCUUAUUUAAUAAAUUAAAUAUGACACUUGUUCAUUUGAACAUUAUUGGUCCUUCUUUAACUAAAAAGGAUAUUAUGUCAGGUGGAAUAAAUGUACAUCAUAAAAUCAGUAAACGUAUAAUGAACUGGAGCAGCGGUAUGCCAAAAUAA